AUGGCGUCGAAGGUUUUUCGCAUCUCGGGGCUCCCGCCCCAAACUGACACCAAUACGUUACGGGAGGCUCUUGGGUUGAAACAAGAGGAUAUUAUCAAUAUAAAAGCCAUCUCUCCAUGUUGUUCUGAUCCUGCCACAAAAGUCGCUAUUGUGGAAUUCGGACAAGGCCCGCCAUCCUACUUGAAGGAUAUGAUUGAGGGUCACAAAUCCGAUCACCAGGUUGAGAUGGCUGGGUGUGACGACUUGAACAUCGAUAUGAACUUUUACGGACUUGCUCAACUAUACGCUACGCCGCAUAAAGCAGACAUCUCUGCAGAUAUUGUAGCAGUGACAAGUAUUGCCGGCCAUGCGUUCGGAUCGUGGCGAGGGAGGGGGAAUUUACGCAGAAUGUGGCUGCAAGACUUCCUUCAAAAAGACUUACCGAACUGUCGAACCAUGAUCUUUGGUUACAACUCAAAGCUGGAUAGUCCUGGUAUUCACCAGAUCGAGGAUUACAGAGACAAUCUUUUGACGGAGCUAAAGAAGGCUAGAGUAUCAGGCGAAGAGCAGAGUAGACCUAUCAUAUUCAUUGGACAUAGUUUCGGGGGGAUCAUUAUUACACAAGCUCUGGUAAAAAGUCGGGACACGAAACCAUCUUCCGACCCGGAUAUUAAUGCAAUACACAAAGCAACCUACGCCACACUCUUCUUCGGCACCCCACAUCGUGGUUUCAACGUGGAAAGUCUCACAAAAAUGCUGAAAAUAGUAAGCUUCUAUGAAACGAUAAAAUCACAAACUCCGGAAAAGGUUAAUAAAGGAUUUGAAAGAAUAGGCGGAUACCAACUUUCAGUUUCUAAAACAUCCGCCCUGCUUAACCCCCCAGAGGGUGAAAUAACAGUGUGUGUGAACGAAGACCACACCCACCUCGUCAAGUUUGACAGCAAGCAGCGUUCGGCUUACAGCGACACUAUCUUGAAUCUCAAACGGUUUGAGAGGGCUCCUCCGGGUUUACCAGCUGCCUCCGCUUCCCUGAUCCCCACGAUGCCACCUAUCAUCCCCGUGCCGCACAUUCUCCCAGCAUCACCAACUGUCCCAGGAUCCCCAGGCAUAAAUAACCAGACCCCAUUCCGCGAUGCUUACCCCGAAUUGCAGAGCCUGCAACCCCCCUUGAAGAGCCGCCGCUAUUAUACACGGAUACCGAAGGGAAAACUUGAGGCCGAGAGGAAAAGACAACAAGCAGUAUCUAUUAUUAAAAGUGGUAGUAUGGGUAGGAUACCUGAUCAAGGCAAGUCUUCAUUUUCACCCGAGGAUGAAGAGAAUGGGGAAAAAUUUGAAUAG